UCUACUUUGUCUGUCUGUCGGUAAACGCAUAUUAUUUUGUAAAAUUGAAUAUUUCACUUUAUAAAGUUCCUAAUGUCUAAUAUAGAUGAAGCUGAUAUCGAAGAUGUUGAAAUGAGAGAUGAAGAUUCCUUUUCAAAUUCUGCUGAUGCAUCAUCAGAUGAAGAAGAUGCGGAUGAAGAAAAAAUUAACGAAAUUCAGAAACGGAUAGAGGCUAGUCCUUACACUUAUGAUCUGCAUGUUCAGUUGAUAUCAUUAUGCAGGAAGUUAGGAGAUUUGGACCAACUUCGGUCUGCCAGAGAAAAGAUGAGUGAAUUAUUUCCAUUAACACCAGAAUUGUGGUUGGAUUGGUUAAAUGAUGAAAAAACCUUAGCUGUUACUUCUGAACAAAAAGAUCACUUGACUGAACUUUUUGAAAGAGCUGUUAAAGAUUAUGCAGCUGUUGCUGUAUGGUUGGAAUAUGUUCAGUUUACCAUUGGCAAGAUUGGCGAAACUUGGAAGUCAGGUGGCCUUGAAAUUAUUCGUCAGACAUUUGAGAAAGCUGUUACUGCUGUUGGUAUUCAUGUCACUCAAGGUUAUUUGAUUUGGGAAGCUUACAAGGAAUUUGAAAGUGUUUAUUUUCUCACCUUGCAGAGUAGAAAUGCAAGUGAAGAGGAAUUAAAAGAACAAGAAAAGAGAAUCUUCAAUAUUUAUAAACGGCAACUGUCAAUUCCAUUGAUUGGUAUGGAUAAAACAUAUGAAGAAUUUAGAGAAAAAUUUGAUGAAACUUCUUAUCCUGAUAUUGCUGAAAUAGAUUAUGCAUACAAGAAAGCAUUAAAAAAAUUAAACAGCAUACAGCAAUAUGAAGAAGCCCUGAUGACUUCUGAAGCGCCUCAUUAUGAAGAAUAUAAAGCUUACAUCCAGUAUGAAAAAGGAGAGUCGGAACCCAUUCGCGUUCAAAAUUUGUACGAGCGAGCUCUAAUAGAAAAUUGUCUUAAAGACGAAUUAUGGUUGGAGUAUACAAAGUUUAUGGAUUACAAUGUAAAAAUUCGAGAUAUGUCUCUUCCUGUUUAUGAACGAGCAGUGCGAAAUUGCCCUUGGUGUGUGCAGUUGUGGGUCAGUUAUGGAAGAACCUUGGAACGCUAUGAAGAACCCCAUGAAAAAAUAGUUGGUGUUUUUGAAACUGCUUUGAGCAUGGGUUUUGCAAAAGCAGAAGACUUCAAAGAAUUAUGGCUAUCAUACUUGGAUUACCUAAGACGAAGGAUAAGCACAGAGAAUAUUGAGAAUAAUGAAAAUGUUACUGGCUUAAAUGAAGUAUGUGAUGUCUUUGACAGAGCUGUUACACAAAUGCAGCACUAUUUUCGUGGAAGCGAAUCUGAAUAUGUCAUCAUGAAGUACUGGAUUUUUUUCACCGUUAAGUACAAGAAAGACGUUGAAAAUGCUCGAAAUCUUUGGAAAGAGCUUAUUGAUCAUGGCCAUCGAGAAGAAGCUCGUGUCUGGUUAGAUUAUGUAAAUUUCGAAAGAAUUGUUUUAGUUGAAACUUCAGAAUAUCAUGGAACAACAGUAAGGCAUGAUUCUUCUAAAGAUGACAGAACAGUAUUUCUUAGUAACCUGGCGUAUAAUAUUGAAGAAGAUAAAAUAAGAGAAUGUUUUUCUCAGGUGGCUGAAAUUGAAGAAAUCCGAUUAGUUAGAGAUUACAAGGGUAGAUCUAAAGGAUAUUGUUAUGUCGUUUAUAAAUCACCGCAAGAUGCAAAAAAGGCUUUAGAAAAAGACAGAGAAAUGCUAGAUGGAAGACCUGUGUUAGUUUCUCCUUGUGAAGAUAGAAAGAAUAAUCCCUCAUCUCAACCAAAGUUUAAGUUUGGAACUGGUUUGGAGAGAAAUAAACUUUAUAAAGGUUUGCCUUUUUCCACAACCAGAAGAUUUGGAAAAAGAUGUUUAAAGAAAUAUGGUGCUGUAAAAGAUGUUCGUUUAGUAACGUACAGAAAUGGACAUUCAAAAGGUUUAGCUUACGUAGAAUUUGAAGAGGAGGCUGCUGCUGCAAAUGCUGUUGUGAAGACAGAUGGUACAAAAAUUUUAGAUCAUGUCAUAUCAGUAGCUAUCAGCAAUCCACCACCUAGGAAAAAUAAGAGUGUGAAAUUUUCUAGUGUGACAGUAUCUGAAUCUCUUGGUGGAGGCUCAACAAUAAAGGGGCCUCGAGGACGUGGCCGUACUCAGAUAUCAUUGCUACCUAGAUCAGUCUUGCGACCACCUGUGGGCAAGAAAAAUCUUCCUUCAUCUAGUAAAAACAUGCAAAAUGGUCAAAAUUCAGAAGCUGAGAACUCAUCUGAGGACAGAAAACCUCUAAGAAAUAGUGAUUUUGCUGAUAUGUUGAAUAAAUAAAUUAAUGUGAGACUUAAAUCAUUUUCUUCAUCAUCGUCAUUAUCAUUGCAUAGCAUAAUGGAAAGCUCAUCAGAAGAAGUAUCAUCAAGAAGUGUUUUUUAAGCAUUGAACAAUUAUCAUAAUGCUUAGCUGAUAAAUUGUUGUGCAGUAUGCAGAAUGGGCAUAUUGCUCUGCAUGACUCAUAUAACUGUUUUUUUCCCAUGUGAAAAAUAUCCAUUCAUUAUUUUAUUUUUCAAUAAUCAUACAUAGUAUUUAUCAAUUAAGUACAUUUCUGUAAUUGUUUUAAUGUAUAAAACAUCAUGUUAUGUUGUUAUUGCUGAUGUAGUUCAAUAUUAGGAUGGAUGUUAUUGCUAUUUUUCAUUUGCAAAGGGAAGUUUAAAUAUUUUUAGCUUUUUAAGUGAAUAUGUUGCAGAGCAAUGCAAUUAAAUAUCUGAUUCAAAUUGCUUUGAAAAUCGUUUCGGAUAUUGAAUUAAAUGCUGAAAAUUUAAAUGUUUACUUAUCUUAUUUAUUACAACUUUAUUGCAUGUUAAAUUUAAAGCAACAAAAACUGACUUUUUCAUAAAAAAAUUUUCAUUUUAAUAUUCCAAAUAUGAAGUUGUAAUAUGUGUAAAUAGAUAAAUCUAUUCUGUAAUUAUCAGGAUCAUAAUUAAAACAAAUAUAGUAAGUGUUUUUAAAAUACAGCCUGCAUUUAGAAGAAUGUUAAGUCAAAAACUUUAAAUGAAGUUUUCUUUGUUUUGAGUUUUUCUCUUUUAAAUUAUUUAAAUCUUUUUAACUGAAAAAGUAAUGGAUAAAAUGCUAUGUUUAUUCUAAUACUCUUUAAUACUUUUUAUCUUUAAUGCUAAUGCAGCAGAAAAUAAUGGAAUAACAAUGAGUCUGACAUGUAGAAAUCUUUGUGAUUUAAAUAAUAAUAUAAGAAAAACUUUGAUUUUUAUUUAUAGAAUCUUCCAUUUUACUUGGUACUUGAAAACUUACCUCUACAGUGUCUGGUUUGGAAUAACUUUUAAAUGUUGAAAGAAGUGUAAUGAUGGGUUUCAGUAACAUUAAGUAGUAACUUUCACUAUGCAGAUAUUUUUAAAUUCCUGAUGUUGAACUAGAGCAAUAUAUUAAAUGUUUGUGUAAAUUUGUUGUUAUUGAUAACAGAGUGUGUUUGAUUUUUUUUUUAUAAUUUCAUAAAUACUAAAUGGGAGUCUUGAUGCGAAUAAUGAAAUUAAAUAUUUCUGUAUGAUCUCUGUUAUUUUUUUGUAAAAGUUUUUUUUUUAUAAAAUCUCAGAAUAAGUAUUUAUUUUUUAGAAGUAUGUGUGGUGGCAUUUCAUAAAACUAUAUGUUUGGUUAUGUUUAAUUUAAAAUAAUGUGAUAAAAGUAUAAGUUGACAAUAAAACUAAUACUUGUGCUCCCUA